CAUCUUGCAGCGACGCCCUUGGUGCCAUAUUGCUUGUGGGCAGGCACCUAAGGCUGAAGGCUGGAGAAGCAGGCACCGCGAUUCUGCGGUCUUCGGUCUCAGACUUCGUCAUCCUGGUCUGCUUGACUUUCUGAGAUUCUGAGUUUCGGUCCCCAGUUCCUGCGUUUGGAGAAGAGCAAACUGUGGCUCCGCCGGGCCUUUGCCGGGUGGUCUGUCACCCGGCUUCCAUGACCAAGACCUGCGAGUGAUCGGCCUGCCUUGAGGUCCACCAGAGGGAACGAACGUCGGAGACCUGUGUAUCCGCAAAGCAAGUGUUGUGAAGAUUGCUCUAGGAAAAAGGAAGGAUGCCACUCUUCUUCCGGAAGCGGAAGCCCAGUGAGGAGGCUCGGAAACGGCUGGAGUACCAGAUGUGUCUGGCAAAAGAAGCUGGGGCAGAUGACAUUCUUGACAUCUCUAAAUGUGAGCUCUCAGAGAUCCCAUUUGGGGCUUUUGCAACAUGCAAAGUUCUGCAGAAGAAGGUGUUGAUUGUCCACACGAAUCACCUCACUUCCCUGCUUCCUAAAUCCUGCAGCCUCCUGAGCCUCGCCACCAUCAAGGUUCUGGAUCUUCAUGAUAAUCAGCUGACAGCCCUUCCUGAUGAUAUAGGGCAGCUGACAGCCCUCCAGGUCUUGAACGUGGAAAGGAAUCAACUGACGUAUCUCCCGCGUUCCAUUGGGAACCUGAUCCAGCUCCAGACCCUCAACGUGAAAGACAACAGGCUGAAGGAGCUUCCAGACACCUUGGGGGAGCUUCGGAGCCUGCGCGCCCUCGACAUCAGUGCAAGCGACGUUCAGAGGUUGCCGCAGACGCUGGCGCACGUUCGAACCCUGGAGACUCUGAGCCUGGACGCGUCAUCCAUGGUCUACCCCCCACAGGAAGUGUGCAGCGCCGGCACCGAGGCCAUUCAGCAGUUCCUCUGUAAAGCGUCAGGGCUGGAAUACUACCCCCCUUCUCAGUACCUGCUGCCAGUCCUGGAGCAAGAUGGAGCCGAGAACUCCCGGGACGGCCCCAGUGGGCCCACGGACAGAUUCUCCAGCGAGGAGGUAGAAUGGCAGAACAGGUUCUCGGACUAUGAGAAGAGGAAGGAACAAAAGAUGCUGGAGAAACUCGAGUUCGAACGGCGCCUGGAACUCGGGCAGCGAGAGCACGCCCAGCUCCUUCAGCAGAGCAACAGCCAGAAGGACGAGAUCCUUCAGACGGUCAAGGAGGAGCAGUCCCGGCUGGAGCAGGGCCUGAGCGAGCGCCAGCGCUUCCUGGAUGCAGAGCGUCACCGGCUGCAGGAGCAGCUGAAGCAGACAGAGCAGAACGUCUCCAACCGGAUCCAGAAGCUCCUGCAGGAGAAUCAGAGGCAAAGGAAAAGUUCUGAGAUUCUGAAGUCGCUGGAAAACGAAAGAAUCAGAAUGGAACAGUUGAUGUCCAUAACCCAGGAGGAGACAGAGAACCUACGGCGCCGUGAGAUCGCCUCGGCCAUGCAGCAGAUGCUGACCGAGAGCUGUAGCAGCCGGCUCUUCCAGGUGGCCUACGAGACUCACAGGCAGAACCUAGUCCAGCAGGCCUGUUCCAGCAUGGCUGAAAUGGAUGAGCGGUUCCAGCAGAUUCUGUCCUGGCAACAGAUGGAUCAGAACAAAGCCAUUAGCCGGAUCCUGCAGGAGAGCGCCAUGCAGAAGGCGGCCUUCGAGGCUCUCCAGGUGAAGAAGGACCUGAUGCAUCAGCAGAUCCGGAAGCAGAUUAAGUUAAUAGAAACUGAGUUAUUGCAGCUGACACAGCUGGAGUUAAAGAGGAAAUCCCUGGACACAGAGGCACUACAGGAGAUGAUCUCGGAGCAGCGAUGGGUCCUGAGCUCCCUGCUUCAGCAGCUGCUCAAAGAGAAGACACAGCGAGAGGAGGAGCUCCGGGAGAUCCUGAGGGAGUUAGAAGCCAAAAGCGAAACUAAGCAGGAGAAUUACUGGCUGAUUCAGUAUCAGCGGCUCUUGAACCAGAAACCCUUGUCCUUGAAGCUGCAGGAAGAAGGCCUGGAACGCCAGCUGGUGGCCCUCCUGGUGGAGCUGUCGGCCGAGCACUACCUCCCCAUCUUCGCCCACCACCGCAUCUCACUGGACAUGCUGGGCCGGAUGGGCCCUGGGGACCUGGCCAAGGUGGGUGUCUCGGAAGCCGGCCUGCGGCACCAGAUCCUGCGCAGAGCCCAGGAGCUGCUGGACGCGACCGGGGCCCGGCCAGAGCUGCUGAAACCACCGCAGGGCGAGGUGCUCCCCACAGCCCCUGAGGAGCUUCCCGAGGCAGUGAGACCAUCAGCCCCCCUCGAGGAGCUGGAGGCCCAGACCUCAGAAUGUGUUGUGUGCCUGGAACGGGAGGCCCAGAUGAUCUUUCUCAACUGCGGCCACGUCUGCUGCUGCCAGCAGUGCUGCGAGCCCCUGCGCACUUGUCCGCUGUGCCGCCAGGACAUCGCCCAGCGCCUCCGCCUCUACCACAGCCGCUGAGCGCCGGCCGCCAGCCCGGGCCUGACGCCUCCAGCCCCACCUCUGCCACCUGCGGGCCCAGGGCUCCAGCUCCCGCUCUGUUCUCCACGGACUAGUACAGGCCCUCCGUCAUGGCCCCGGCGGGGACAGGAGCAUUCCUGACCGAGGACAGAGCCGGUGUGGAUACUGUG